AUGCCUCUUCGAUCCGCAUCGGAGGAUACUGAUGAGUCAGUUGACCAGUCCGCCAUAUCUCUUCUGCAAAGGUCUUCGGAAAAUGAAGCACAAUUUUCUCCAAACAAACGUUCACACAUAAGACGUGCCCUCGACACCGUUACCCUAUCUUGUCUCUUUGCUAUCUUAAUUGUCGUUAUCUACAGCUUAUUCCAGUACCAGGAUAGACAGCCAGUACUCAAGUCUCGAACAUUCACUUGCGGCAAUACAACCGCUGAUGCACAGCAAAAUAACUGUGUUUAUGAUCCUCUGGCUGUCAGUUGGGUUCCUCGGGAAUGUCUUGACUCUACAUCUCUUCAAGAGUAUAACGACCACGGCCCAUGGGAAUAUUUCCAGAACAAGAAUAGGUCCGGUAAAAUAGACCCAUUAGACCUUGGCUUCGAGAUGUAUUAUACAACUAUCCGAGAGCACGUUGUACACUGUGCUAUAGUCUGGCAACGUUUGCAUAGGUUCACUAUUGGUUCUCACGAAAAUCUUGUGAUUACAUCCUCGUUAGACGAGUCAAAGUUGGAGCAUACAGAACACUGCUCUCGUAUGUUGAUUAAAUGGGUUGACAAUUUUAACUCUACUAAGCUUCAAGAGCUAGGAACUCGAAAUAACCCUGGCUUUCAAACAUGUUCAAUACAGGAGAUAUGA